UGCACCCCACCCGGUUGCGCGCUGUGUCUGAUGUGUGUGAUGAGGGACCGCGGGGAGGCGGAGCGCGAGUGCGUGUGUAUGUGUGCAGUUUGUUGAGUGUGUCAGAGAGAGAGAGAGAGAGAGAGCGAGAGCAGCGGGGAGGGAGCGCAGUACAGAGGACAGUUUUCUCUCCCACUCUUUCACUCUAACAUCAGAUACUAUGCUUAUCGCUUCGAGUGGCUGGCACUAGAACACAAGGGCAGCUGAACCCCCACGACCCCAUGAGUUUGGUUUGGCCUGCCAGUGAGUAGGAGUUCUCCGUGAAUCAAGAGUUGAAGAAGAAGCUCCCGAGACUAGUGGUGAGCCAGUCGCACCCCCGUCAGCUCUACGCAGCAUCUCCCCCUCCCUCUUCCUCAGCCUAACCCCAUCAUCCUCUGCCUCACCUUUUCCUCCCGCUUCUUGUGGGGACCACACGCCGCCAUGUCUCUCUUGGCCUGUCCCGCCCCCUUCCUCCUCCUCCUCCUCCUCUUCCUCCUCCCACUGCCUCCCUGCCAGCCGGAGUCCCAGCGCAUCGACUCAAGCAGCGACCCCGAGAUCCCAGCGGUCUCGCCCUCCAUGUUCCCCUCCUCCUAUCCUCCUUCCAUGUCUUACGGUAACAGCACCGUGCCUGAGAAAAAAGAGAAGUGUGGGGAAGUGGCGAUGUGCAAGCCCGGCAUCCUGCUGCCCAUCUGGGAGCCCAACCGGCCCGGCCUCGGCCAACAGGUGGCCAGAGCUGUGGUCUACUUUGCGUCACUCAUGUACAUGUUCCUGGGAGUGUCCAUCAUCGCAGACCGCUUCAUGGCGUCCAUAGAGGUCAUCACUUCACAGGAGAAGGAGGUGACCAUCACCAUGCCUAACGGGGAAACAUCAGUGGCGACGGUUCGAAUCUGGAACGAAACGGUGUCCAAUCUGACGCUCAUGGCUCUUGGCUCCAGCGCUCCGGAGAUACUGCUGUCUGUUAUAGAGGUGUGCGGUCACGGCUUCCACGCUGGUGACUUGGGACCAGGAACCAUCGUCGGCAGCGCCGCCUUCAACAUGUUUGUGAUCAUCGGGAUCUGCGUCUGGACGAUCCCCAACGGGCAGACCCGCAAAAUCAAACACCUCAGGGUGUUCUUCAUCACCGCCUUCUGGAGCAUCUUCGCCUACAUCUGGCUCUACCUCAUCCUGUCCGUCAUAACGCCAGGCAUCGUGGAGGUGUGGGAGGCUCUGGUGACCCUGCUGUACUUCCCAGUGUGUGUCAUCCUGGCUUGGAUCGCCGACCGCCGCCUACUCUUUUACAAGUACAUGGGCAAGCGCUACCGUGCCGACAAGCGCCACGGCAUCGUCGUGGAGACUGAGGGAGACUUGACACCUAACAAGGGCGGCAUGGAGAUGAUCAUAGACGGCAAGUUCCCAACACGAGGGGGCACCGUGCUUCCCGCCGAGAACUGUGGGGGCGGAACUCAGGACGGCACAGCGGGCGCUGCAUCCAACAACAUCGGUGCGGGGGGCAACCUGCCCAACUCCAACAGCGCGAUGGUCAAUGUGGAGAGCAGCAGGGAACUGGACGAGAGCCGCAAAGAGGUGAUUCGUAUCAUAAAGGAGCUGAAACAGAAAUAUCCCGACAAAGAGCUGGACCAGCUGGUGGAGCUGGCCAACUACUACGCACUGCUGCACCAACAGAAGAGCAGAGCCUUCUACCGCAUACAGGCGACUCGUAUGAUGAUUGGAGCUGGAAACGUCCUGAAGAAGCACGCAGCCGACAACGCUCGCCGCACAGCCGUAACCGACGAGGAAGCACCAGAAGAAGAAGACCUGGGGAUAUGCAGCCGCAUCUCAUUUGAAAGCGCCCACAGUCAGUGCAUGGAGAACUGUGGCUUUGUGACACUGGCUGUAGUCUGCCAAGGGGGUCUGGGAGAGAACACCUUCUAUGUGGACUACAGGACAGAGGACGGUUCAGCCAAUGCUGGGUCCGAUUAUGAGUACUGCGAAGGAACUCUGGUGUUCAAACCUGGAGAGACUCGUAGAGAUAUUAAGGUCGGUAUAAUCGACGACGACAUAUUCGAAGAGGACGAGCACUUCUUUGUGCGCCUGCUGAAUUUGCGCAUUGGCGACGCAGAAGGCAUGUUCGAGAGCGACGAAGUGGGUUCUGCCCCCAAAGCUCGCUUUGUUGAGCCCCUAGUAGCUAUGGUGACCAUCCUGGAUGACGACCACGCUGGCAUCUUCACUUUCAGCGAGCGUAUGGUGCGGGUGAGCGAGAGCGUGGGCACAAUGGAGGUGACGGUGGUGCGCAACUCAGGUGCCCGCGGCACCGUCAUCCUGCCGUACUACACCGAGUCAGGCACCGCCAAGGCUGGGGAGGACUACGAGGAGGCUAGAGGAGAGCUGGAGUUCACCAACGACCAGACCACUCAGACUUUCCAGGUGAGGAUAAUUGAUGAUGAGGAGUAUGAAAAACAUGAAAACUUCUUCAUUGUGUUGGAGGAGCCACGCUGGCUUAAGAGAGGAAUCUCAGCUCUGCUGCUCAACCAAGAGGGGGCGGAGGGGCAGAUGAGUGCUGAGGAGGAGGAGGCUCGCAAGAUAGCUGAGAUGGGGAAGCCGAUCCUGGGAGAGCACAGCCGCCUGGAGGUGGUCAUCGAGGAGUCGUACGAAUUCAAGAGCACCGUUGACAAGCUCAUUAAGAAGACCAACUUGGCCCUGGUGAUUGGCACACACUCCUGGAGGGAGCAGUUUGUGGAGGCGGUCACUGUCAGCGCAGGCGACGGAGACGACGACGAGGAGGGUCGCGAAGAGCGCCUUCCAUCGUGUUACGACUACGUCAUGCAUUUCGUCACCGUCUUCUGGAAGGUUCUGUUCGCCUGCGUCCCGCCCACAGAGUACUGGAACGGCUGGGCCUGCUUCUUAGUCUCCAUCUGCGUCAUCGGCCUCCUCACCGCGUUCAUCGGAGAUUUGGCGUCACAUUUCGGCUGCACCGUCGGGCUCCGGGACACCGUGACCGCCGUGGUGUUUGUGGCUUUGGGAACUUCUAUUCCAGACACCUUUGCUAGCAAAGUGGCCGCCAUGCAGGACCAGCACGCUGAUGCAUCCAUUGGUAACGUCACCGGUAGCAACGCUGUCAACGUGUUCCUUGGGAUCGGCGUGGCGUGGUCGGUGGCCUCCAUCUACUGGAAAAUCAAAGGGAAGGAGUUCAAGGUGGACCCGGGGUCGCUGGCCUUCUCCGUCACACUCUUCACCAUCUUCGCUUUCAUCUGCAUGGGGGUGCUGAUGUUCAGACGCCGGCCCUCCAUCGGCGGAGAGCUCGGCGGCCCAAAGGGGGCCCGCCUCGUCACCAGCCUGCUGUUCCUGGGUCUGUGGUUCCUCUACAUCCUCUUCUCCAGCCUGGAGGCUUACUGCCACAUCAGCGGCUUUUAAACAGGAGAUGGGGGAGGUUCUGGGAAGAAUAAUCCACAGCAACACACACAUAUACUUUAACACCCAGUCCAUACAGUUCAACAUGAAACAAGUGUAAGAUUCAUCUGUUUGAUAGGGCUUACUGCGGCCCGGAAGGGUUCUGGUCUUUGAUGCAGGGACACUAAAACACUUCAGAUAAAUGUUCUCACACACACACACACACACACUCUAUGUACGCAUGUGUAAACAGAUCAUAACAAACACGCACGCACAUUUACAGGCAUGAUGAAGGGCAAGAAGAAGUGUCAGUGAGAGGCGAGAGAUGUGAAUGCAAAAGGUUAUAACAGCAACGCUAGCAGAGAGAAGAUGGAGAGAGAAAGAGAGUGAUUGUGAGGUUGAGAUUUUAGAGGUAUAAAGAAAGUCAGGUGAGCGUCUGGAGUGCUGUCUCGGGGAGUUGUCCUGUAGGAUCAGACCACUAAUAGAGAAGAGGAACAGAAUCCUGUGCACACCAGACUAAAUGUAUCUAUCUGAGUUUCAUUGAAGAAACAACAUUUUUGUUUCCUACAACAAAACCUGUCCUGCCCGCCUCUCCUCUGUAUUACUGUCUUUACCGGUACAGCUACACUGAGGGGGUGGAGCGUUGUGUGAAAAAAAAAAAAAAAGGAGUGGAAUGUUUACAACAAUAUCAUUACGUUUGUUUACUACAGGAGGUUCUUAUAAAGUGGUGAUGCUUGUCUGAUACUCUGUAUAGAUGAAGGUGGUUCUCCACACACGCUGUAAAUAGUUCAAACCAGUGUACUGUACAUAUAGAGUGUAGUGUUUUCAGUAGGCAGACAAUGCCUACCACUGACAAAGUUAGAGAGGGUGGAAAUACGUAGCUACCAUUCUGUAUAGAGGGUCAAAUUACAUCGAAAAAAACAACAGUCAGGUCUCUGCUUCAAUGUUUUUAAAAGUCCACGCGCAGACUAGAACACCGCCCACAGAUCACUAAACAUCAGUGAAGACAGUUCAAUGAGUGUGGGAAGAUUUUUGGCAACAAACUAUUAGAAUGUCUUAGCUGACCAAACAAAUGAAUGAUAAACUGGUGAAAUAAAAGUUUAUGAAAAGCCAUACAUCCCUAGCAUCCUGCGUUCCCGUCAGAUGUGUCUUUUUACUAGAACGUUUCCAUGGUACCCAUAACUCCUCUCUGACAGUAUAUCAAACUGACAGAUUUUUUUGUGUGCAUGUAUAGCCAGAUAUUGAACAUCUUUACACAAUAAGUCACAAAUAUACUUUGUGAAAUGUAAUAAUCAGAAUCCAUCUGUAAAUGACAUCCUUACAUUUGUGUAGGCCGACGGGAAAGAGGUGAGGUGUUUGAUAUGAGAGGAACGAAAAGGACAUUUUCCUCCUCAGAAGGACCAAAUAUGUUCACUCACACACACACACACACACACACACACACACAUUCGCUGUGUGGAGUGUAAUCAAAACACACGUGGAAACUUUGUUCAAAGCUUUUUUCUCCAUCCAGAUGGACUGAGAUCUGAGACACUGAACUGCAGUCAGUCAUCACCGUGGCAUCGUGGGUAGUAACAGAGUAAUCCACUACUGUGGCAUGUAUCUUGACAGGCUUAUCCUUUACCUUUAGUGACAGCAGCACGGUCAGACAAACAUGCAUGGGCCAUCGAACAAGACUUUACAGUGUUAGUUUACUUUCAAGAGUAAAGCCUCUAAAGCCAGUAAGAAAAACUGAAAAAAAACGGAUUCCUAUCAUCAACGUUCAGUCUACAGCAUAUUGAUGAGGACACAAGAUCCUAAUCCAAACUUUAAUUAGGAUGCAGGGUGCUAAUCUGUAUUACACUGAUGCUUCAAGAUGGCACCUAUACAACGCCUUAAGGAAAACUCUCAAGUAAAAAUCUAGUAUUCAAGCUUUCGGCUGUACAAAGCUGCACUUUAUUUAAUGUAACUAAAAUAUGCUGUGUUUUUCUUUUUCCUUGAGUCGACAGACUAUUAGCGUGCAACACAUGAGUCCCUGGAGUAAAACUAUGAAAUGUCUAAAGUUUCUACAUCAGGUUUCUUGUCCCGUGGAAAGGGAUUGUUGUAAUUCAUCCCUGCCCAUGUGUCUGUGCUUAGAGCACAAUACAAGUAGGAGACAUUUUAAAGAAAAUACUUUCCUGCACACUAAGUCUGCACUCUGCAUAAAAGAACGAACUAACUAAGGUCUGUCAGCUAAUGUUCUUCAGAGUUUGUUUACAGUCUGUAGAUAGUUUCUAUAGUCAUAGUACCAUAGCAUAGGCAGUUUUCAGUGGAAAACACUGCCGUUCAAGGCAUGUAUGCGUUGCUUCGUAUUGCAUGGCAGAGUUGGAACAUCCAGUUAAAAUGUUCACACGCUACUGAAACUACUGGCUGCUUAAUAGA